CGAGGAAUGUCCUGCUGCAGGGUCGGUGCGAUGGAAAUGCUCACUGGCUGUACAGACGACUUUUUGAAUAGAAAGCUCGACAGCUCAUCCUUUUUGUUCUUGCUCGAGUUUCUGCUCCUGUGCAUGCUCUAGUCUCGAAUCCCUCGACUUCUUGUGUCCUUCCACUACGAUCUACUCCUCGUUGCUUUAAGCACAACCGUUUCACUACCCCGCAACGUCGAAUCCGGGGAAUAACAACACCUUGUGCUGAAAAAAACCAUCUCGUCCACGAUGGCUUCCAGCUCAAGAAGUGCUCAGCGCGCUCUGAGAGCUCUUAGGGCCUCCUCCACCCGUUCUUAUACUCCUCUUACCCGCCGAACCUAUGCCUCGGCCGCGGAACCAGACCUCAAGUCGACCCUGGAAUCGGUCAUUCCCGAAAAGCGAGAGCUCCUUAAGCAGGUCAAGAGCCAUGCGGACAAGAAGAUUGGAGAUAUCAAUGUAGGGAUGGUCAUUGGCGGUAUGAGAACAAUGAAGUCCAUGGUCUGGGAAGGCAGCGUCUUGGAUGCCAACGAAGGAAUCCGAUUCCAUGGCAAGACAAUUGCAGACUGUCAAAAGGAGCUUCCGAAAGGCACAUCUGGCACUGAGAUGUUGCCUGAGGCCAUGUUCUGGCUUCUUCUGACUGGCCAGGUCCCUUCGGUCUCCCAGGUUCGUGCGUUGUCUCGCCAACUUGCAGAGAAGUCAGACCUCCCAGCCCAUGUCACCAACAUGCUCCGAGCCUUCGACAAGAAUGUUCACCCCAUGACACAACUUUCAUGUGCUGUGGCAGCCUUGAACUCCGAGUCUAUCUUUGCAAAGAAAUACGCCGAAGGCUUGAAUAAGACCGCCUACUGGGAGCCAACUUUCGAUGAUAGCAUCAACCUAUUAGCGAAGCUGCCUCGCGUGGCUGCAGCCAUCUUCGACAAGGCUGCUCUCGACAUGCCCAUCGACAAAGACCAAGAUUGGGCUUACAACUUUGCCACAUUGUUGGGCAAGCCUGGAAAGGAAAAUGAAGGCUUCCAGGACCUGCUACGUCUAUACCUCGCCCUUCACGGUGACCAUGAGGGAGGAAAUGUUUCGGCCCACGCCACCCAUCUGGUUGGAUCUGCACUCUCCGACCCAUAUCUUUCCUAUUCCGCUGGUCUUCUCGGUCUGGCUGGACCUCUACACGGCCUUGCUGCGCAGGAAGUCCUUCGCUGGAUCUUGAAGAUGAAGGACCAUAUAGGGGAGAAUUUCUCCGAUAAGGAUGUGACCGAUUAUCUCUGGGCCACACUAAAGUCUGGCCAGGUCGUUCCCGGUUAUGGUCAUGGUGUCCUUCGUAAGCCUGACCCCCGUUUCAAGGCGCUUAUCGACUUUGGCGAUGCCCGUCCGGAUAUUUCCAGCAACCCCGUCUAUCGUCUGGUGAAAAAGAACAGCGAGAUUGCACCAGGCGUCUUGACUGAGCAUGGCAAGACCAAGAAUCCUCAUCCCAAUGUGGACAGUGCUUCAGGUGUCCUCUUCCAUCACUAUGGCUUCCAAGACCCUCUAUACUACACUGUCACUUUUGGUGUGAGCAGAGGUUUGGGACCUCUGGCCCAGUUGAUCUGGGACCGAGCUCUCGGUAUGCCCAUCGAACGCCCAAAGAGCAUCGAUCUCCAAGGACUCCUCAAACUGGUGUAGUUCGGAAGUUGCUUGAGGGCGUACUGUACAUAUCCGAAGGAGUUCAUCACUGGCUAAAAAGCAAUAUAGAUAGUUAUGUCAUAUUUUUGCGUCCUGUCGGGGACUCGGAAACUUAUUUUUCAAAACUGCAUAUUUCGUGCCAGUUGCCUGGAGUUCAGAACUCGUAUUCGAUACUCCGUAGAAGAUGCCUAUGAGACAGAAGGGGCGAGAGCUACAGUGGUUCAUGCCGGAACAAUGUUACUCCGUAACACCCG